AUGGCCAAAGCGCCACCGUCAAUCUCUCUCCUCCUCCUUCUCUCCACCGCCGUAUUUCUCACCAUCCCUGCCGCAAUAUCCGCCAUCGGCGUCAACUACGGAACUCUCGGAAACCUCCCACCGCCGACUCAGGUUGCAAACUUCCUCAAAACUCAGACUUCUAUCGAUAGCGUCAAGAUCUUCAACGUGGAUCCCAAUAUCCUCCGUGCCUUUGCCGGUACAGGAAUCUCCGUCGUCGUCACCGUUCCUAACGGUGAUAUUCCGGCGUUAGCUAACGGGAUGGAAGCUCGUCGGUGGGUUUCAGCUAAUAUAUUACCGUUUCAUCCUCAGACGAAGAUCAAAUAUAUCUCCGUCGGAAAUGAGAUUCUGCUCACCGGAGAUAGUAACAUGAUCUCGAAGCUUUUACCGGCGAUGAGGAGUCUUAACAGUGCUUUGUUUCGAGCUGGUAUCAGAGAUAUUAAGGUUACAACCGCACACUCACUUAACAUCAUAGCCUAUGACCUGCACGGUGCACCAAGCAGAGGUCGAUUCAGACCUGGCUGGGACAAAGGCAUUUUGGCUCCAAUCCUUGCUUACCAUCGCCAAACCAAGUCUCCUUUCAUGGUUAACCCUUAUCCUUACUUCGGUUUCGACCCUAAAAACGUCAACUUCGCAAUUUUCCGUUCACCGUAUAAGGCGGUACGUGACCCGUUCACACGCAAAAUCUACACAAACAUGUACGAUGCUCUCAUGGACUCAACUUACUCAGCCAUGAAAGCUCUUGGCUACGGAGAUGUUAACAUCGUCAUCGGAGAGACUGGCUGGCCAUCCGCUUGCGACGCACCUUGGUGCUCUCCAGCAAACGCGGCUUGGUUCAACCUCAACGUUAUAAAACGUGCACAAGGCCAAGGAACACCUCUCAUGCCUAAAAGACGGUUCGAGACUUACAUUUUCGGUUUGUUUAAUGAAGAAGGCAAACCGGGUCCAACCGCUGAGCGAAACUGGGGGCUUUUCCGAGCUGAUUUCUCUCCGGUUUACGACGUUGGCCUCCUCCGAAACGGUGGUGGUAAACGUCCAGCACCAGCAUUGCCAGCGCCUAGUACUGCUGCUGGUGGUAAAUGGUGUGUGGCUAAGUCGGGAGCCACUAAUGCGCAGUUGCAAGGGAAUAUUGAUUGG